AUGGCGGACGCGGACGCCGACGCCGACGUCUGCGCCAUCUGCCUCGGCGGCAUGGUCCGCGGCCAGGCCGGCUUCACGGCCGAGUGCUCCCACGCCUUCCACCUCCGCUGCAUCUCCGCCAGCGUCGCGCACGGCAACCACGACUGCCCGCUCUGCAAGGCGCCCUGGACCGUCCUCCCCGCCGUCAACGCCCCACCGCCGCCGUCGUCGUCGUCUUCCCGGCAGGUGCGACGCACGUACCAGGACGACGAGCCGACCGUCCCCGCACAGGCCGCGGCGGCAAAUAAUGGCGGAUCAGGAGCCGGGGUGGUCCUCAGGACGCACUGCGAGUUCCCGGCCCUGGCCAGGGGCGCGGCCCGCGAGCACUUCGCCGUGCUCGUGCACGCCAAGGCGCCGUCCUCCGAGGCGGCGCGCGCGUCGCUCGACCUCGUGACCGUGCUCGACGUCAGCGGCAGCAUGGCCGGCAGCAAGCUGGCUCUGCUCAAGAAGGCCAUGGGGUUCGUCAUCGACAACCUCGGCCCGGCCGACCGCCUCUCCGUCGUGUCCUUCUCCAACAACGCCAGCCGCCUGAUCCGCCUCUCGCGCAUGUCCGACACGGGGAAAGCCGCGGCGAAGCAGGCCGUGGGGUCCCUCGUCGCGAACGGCGCCACGAACAUCGGCGAGGGCCUCCGCGUGGCUGCCGACGUGCUUGACUGCCGCCGGCACGUGAACGCCGUCGCCAGUAUCAUGCUUCUCUCCGAUGGGCAGGACACGUACACCGCGGCUGGCGGAGACGCCGCCGACUACAUCACCCUGGUGCCAUCUUCUCUCAGGGGGUACAACGGCGCGGGAGUCCGGCCUCCGGCGGUUCACACGUUCGGUUUCGGCACGGACCACGACGCGGCGGCCAUGCACACCAUCGCGGAGGCCACGGGUGGCACGUUUUCCUUCAUCCAGAACCAGGCGAUCGUCCAGGACGCGUUCGCGCAGUGCAUCGGUGGGCUCCUCACGGUCGUCGUGCAGGAGGCGCGUCUCGCGGUGACAUGCUUGCAUCCGGGCGUGCGCGUCCGCGAGGUCAAGUCCGGCCGCUACGACAGCCACGUGGACGACGAUGGCCGUGCUUCCUCGGUGGACGUCGGCGAGCUCUACGCCGACGAGGAGAGGCGCUUCUUGAUACUCAUGGACGUGCCAACGGCCGAAGACGCUGAAGAAGUCACCGGCCUGGUCAAGGUGAGCUGCACAUACCAGGAUGCGGCGACAGGGCAGGCGGCCACCGUCGACGGAGACGACGCGGUGGUCCAGAGGCCCGUCGAGGUGACCGGGGUGGAGCCGUCCAUGGAGGUGGAGCGCGAGCGCCUCCGGGUGGCGGCAACCGAAGACAUGGCGGCGGCACGCGAGGCGGCUGAUCGCGGAGAACAUGCCGAGGGCGGACGGAUACUGCGGAGACGAGUGGCGGCUAUGAAGUGCUCGGCGCGCGCUCACAAAGACCUUGACUGCGAGGAGCUGGAGGACGAAAUGCACGACUACAUCGGUCUCGUGGAAGACAGGCAGCAGUACCAGAAGUUUGGGCACGCGCGCAUCCUGUCGGGCAUGAGCUCGCACCGGAAGCAGCGCGCCGCCACGGUGGGGAAGGCGCCUGGCAGUGGUGGCCGUGGCUGUUGCCGUGGCGGCCGCGUGCAGCGGGCGGCUUACGCGACUCCGGCAAUGAAGAAGAUGGUGGACAAGUCACGCGAGCAGCGGCAGACCGCAGCGGCGCCGGCGCCACAGCCGAAGAGGAAGCACGGCAGAGGGCAGCAGCCAGACAGCAAGAGCGGCACAGGGAAACGUCACAAAAAGCAUUAA